AUGAUUGGAGUCAACAGAUCUUUAUCAUCGAUUUUCGUUCAAUCUGCACGUUCAUUCAGCAGUGCCAGCAAACCAUUCGUUUUGGUCGACAAAAACACAAAGGUCAUCUGUCAGGGUUUGGGUAAGCAAGGUACUUUCCACACCCUACAGGCAAUCGACUAUGGAACUCAGAUGGUCGGUGGUGUUUCACCAAACAAAGGUGGAACCAAACACGAAGCCACUAAGCUCCCACUCUUCAACAGUGUCGCCGAUGCCAAGCGUGAAACCGGUGCCAACGCAUCAGUUAUCUACGUACCACCACCAGGUGCCGCCGACGCCAUCAUCGAAGCCAUCGAGGCCGAGAUGGAGCUCAUCGUCUGUAUCACAGAGGGUAUCCCACAGAAGGACAUGGUUCGUGUUAAAUACUUGUUGAAUCGUCAGAACAAGACACGUUUGAUCGGUCCAAACUGUCCAGGUAUCAUCAAGCCAGGUGAAUGCAAGAUCGGUAUCAUGCCAGGUCACAUCCAUCGUCCAGGUAAGAUCGGUAUCGUCUCGCGUUCCGGAACUUUGACAUAUGAAGCCGUCGCUCAAACCACCGCAGUCGGUCUCGGUCAAUCGACCUGUGUCGGUAUCGGUGGUGAUCCAUUCAACGGAACCAACUUUGUCGAUUGUCUCAAGUUGUUCACCAAGGAUCCACAGACCGAAGGUAUCAUUUUGAUCGGUGAAAUCGGUGGUGAAGCCGAAGAGGAGGCUGCCCAAUGGUUGAGAGAGAAUCCAACCGACAAACCAGUCGUAUCAUUCAUCGCUGGUCUCACCGCACCACCAGGUCGUCGUAUGGGUCACGCCGGUGCCAUCAUCAGUGGUGGUAAGGGUGGUGCCGACUCCAAGAUGAAGGCACUCCAAGAUGCCGGUGUCAUCAUGUCACUUUCACCAGCUAAACUCGGUACUACCAUGCUCGAGGCCAUGAACAGAAGAAAUUUUUUUGUUUUUAAAAUCUUUUUCGUUACAGCAUUUGUUUACUCGAAAGGGAUUGGUUGCUUAAGCUAUCAGAUUGAUAAUAGAAGAGAUAAUUGUAAAUCAAUAUCUAUACCUAUUGGUUCAACAUCAGACAGUGAAGAUCUGCUAACAAAUUGUUCUUUUUGGUUUUAUUUGGAUCAAUCGCCAAUCGAUCAAGCUACACCUAUUAUAGUAAGAAGAUACUAUCUACCAUCGACCAAUCAGAAUGAGUAUGAAGGUAUUUUCAUUGAUAAGUUGAUGAGAUUGCACUUUGAUCGAAACACCGCUUGUAAUGAUCAACUCUACUACCAAGACUAUCCCAGGGGCAUUGAAUCAACACCACCUAUACCCCUAAGACAAUGGUUGUAUAUCUCAUUGAGAUCAACGAUCGAUCGGACCAACAACACAGCCAACUCUCAACUACUCAUAGACAGCAAGCUAUAUAAAUGUAAAACAACUACAUUCAAAGACAAUGAUUCACUUCUUCACAGUAAAUAUUGUUUAUAUCCAUUGGUAAUAGGAUAUCUACCAGCUAUUUCCACUGGGGAUAGUCAAUCGAAUCGAUCUAUCUCAUCAUUUAUAGUUAAUCAGCUAACAAUUGGUGAUUGUCCAAAUGGAACAACAGUAUUACCUGAUGUUCCUGUUUAUCCUUCUUGUUCAACAACUACAUUACCAAAAUGUAAAGCAUUGACAUCGCUUGCAGAGUUAUUAGAUUGGAAACCAUCUCAGCACGAUCAGUCUUUGGUAUCUAGAGUACCACUUAAACCAAUACCAACUAGAAAGACACAAAUGAUUCAUUGUCAUGAUAUGAUGGGUGGCUAUCUCGACUAUGAAAUCGAUCCUUAUCCAUUAUCAAUGACUGACAACCAUUCCAAUCACUAUAGUUUUCAAUAUUGGCAGUUAAUAGAUACAUUCAUUUACUUUUCACAUAAAAGAAUUACCAUUCCACCUGUUGGAUGGAUAGAUUCAUCACAUAGAAAUGGAGUAAAGAUCGUUGGAACUAUUAUCACUGAGUGGGAAGGUGGAUUGUCAGAUGCUAUCAGAUUGGUUGGAGAACACUCCGCACUCUACAUUGAUCAGUUGAUUGCGAUUGCCAAGUACUAUGCAUUCGAUGGAUGGUUUAUUAAUAUUGAAUCGAAUAUCGACGAUGUUGGUGUAGCUAAAUCCUAUAUGGUAUUCCUAAAAGAGUUUACAGAGCGUAUGCAUAAAGAGAUGCCUGGAUCACUUGUACUAUGGUAUGACAGUAUAACAGAUACAGGUGAACUAAAGUGGCAAAACAUGUUAAACGAAAAGAACGAUUGUUAUUUUCAACGGUGUGAUGGUAUAUUCUUGAAUUAUAAAUGGGAUAUCGAGAUGUUAAAGCAAUCUUCACUGUUGGCGAAGCACAGAGCAUCUCAGGUUUAUGUCGGUACUGAUGUUUGGGGAAGAGGUACUUUUGGUGGUGGUAAAUUAAAUACUCACAUUGGUGUUGAGGAAUCAAUUAAAAAUGGAUUAUCAACAGCAUUGUUUGCACCUGGUUGGACAUGGGAAACCAAUAGAUCAUCAAAAAAGAUUUAUCAUUCAAAAGAGUCUCAAUUGUGGGUUAGUAAUUUAGUUGUUAAUGCAUCAGCUGAAUCCAAUGAUUUAUCAGAUUGGACAAUAACUGAACAUGGUGGUGAUAAUUGGGGUAUUUCUCAAGAUGGUUUAAAUUCAGGUAAUGCUUUUGUAUCAUCAUUUCAAUGGUCUACAAUGUCACAGGAAAUUGAUUUAGUAAAGAGUGGAUACUCAAUUAGGUUAUUAAACUCAAUACCAAUUAUUGAUAUUGAAUUCUAUUAUUCUGGUAAUGGUCCAAAGUAUGCUGAUUUAUUACAAUUCAAAUUGGAAAUUAGUGAUGAAAAUCAUAAAGUAAUAUAUACAUUGGAUACUGGUGUGUUGACUACAUCGAAGGAAUUCACGCAAUAUAGAAAUACAAUUAGUGAAUAUCCAGUUGGUGCAAGAUACAUUACAUUGUCAUUCCGUGGAAAAGAUAUUGAGAAUUGGGCUGGUAGAUUCGGAAGUAAAGUGACUGCCAUCUAUUUGCAUCUAGUGAAUUCCAAUGUGGUGGAUGAUUACCUCGCUACUACUACGACGACAACCACGCAGUCAGUAACAAUGCCAACUGUGUUAACACACAGUGGUGAGAGGGUGUCAACAACAGUGCUUCCAUUCAGUACCACUUUCAACCGAGGUCAUGGAUUGAACUACUACAGGGAGGGAAGAGUUGUAUCCAAUAGAGAAUGGUUCGACUUGGCAGAGCAAGACAUCACCGGUUGCAUAGAGUAUGGUGAGAAGAAAGGUUCGCCACUCGUAGAGACAGUGUUGUCAGAGGACGAUGCAUAUGCCGGUGGAUCGAGCUUGUUGGUCAGAGGUAAACUACUGGCCUAUGAGUACAACAGUUUCAUUGCUACCAUAUUCAAAGUAGAUAUACCAGUAGUAUCAAGUGAAUCGUUGGAUAUCAUUUAUUAUUGGAAAAACAAUAGUAAUGGUGAUGAUAACCUAUUUGUGUUGUUGGAAUUUAGUGAACAACUAACAGUUGUUAUACAUAGUGGUGGUACUGUUGAUAUUGCAAAGAUACUGAGUGUAUUGAAAGCAAACGAUGUUGUUAUGUUGGAAUCCAAGGAGCAAACAAAGUUGACAAACCAUUGGGUCAAAGAGAGAACGACACUCCAACUUGGACAAUCGAAACAAUUGCUAUCUAUUAAGUUAUUAACUGUUAAUGGUGAUAGUGAUGUUAGUAAGAUUAUCAAUUAUUCAUUUGGUGGAAUUUGCUUACGUUAUAAUGAUAGCCAACAACAACUGGAUGGCUGUUCUAAUAAUGAGGAAAUAAUACGAUUUGAAAAGAUAUGGAAUAACUCUUCAAUGUCCGAUGGAAUAGAGAUAAACGAUUGGUUAAUCCGCUGGUCAUUGACACCGUUCCACUAUGACCACUGCCAUCUAUCAGUAAACGACCAAUGGGUAGGAAGAGUAGCAAGUCCUCGGGAUAGCUAUCUCAUUCGUCGACUAGAGAGAGGUGAGAACUACAGUGUUACUCUUGAGUUUUGUACAAUUGACGGUCAGCCUAUCAAGGUUGUCACAAAAUGUAUUCCCUUGGACUAG